AUGCGCGCGUCCCUCGCCGCCGCCGCGUUCUCUGCCGCCGCCGCCGCGUUCUCUGCCGCCGCCAACCUCGCGCACCUGACGUCGCUAGACCUCUUCUGGGGCGACUCGGACGCGCUGGAUGAGGAGUUCGCCCCGGGCAGCUUCGUCCUCUCCGCGGCACGGAAACAGCAACAAGACGACCUCGGCACCGCCCUACGCAGCCUCGCGCAGCUCCCGACACUGCGCCGCCUCGACCUUGGCGGGUGCCUUGUGCUCGGACCCGAGUUCUUCGAGGCCGAUGCCAGCGACACGUCCAUCUGGCCGGCCCUGACAAGCCUUUCGGUGGUCAUGUCCGCGACGACGCCCGACGGGCGCUGGUACUUUACGGGCGACCCUGCCAACGCCGGCGAGACAGGCUCGGACCACGCUGAAUCGCCUGCCGCGUUCGACUCGGCCGACCCGGACGCGUCCGACUACGCGCCCGAGUUCGCGUGGGACCGCGCCGUGGGCCGCGGCGCCGGCUUGGCGCGGCGCUCGACCCGGCCAUGGCCGCGCUCCUCGAGUCGAGCGGAGAGGGGGGUGUCUGUAUUUCGUGCGGGGGCCGCGGCCGCGGCUGGGCGCUUUGAGGGCUUAGAGCUAGACUGUGAUGGACUGUGA